GUGGAGGCUGCGGGCGGUGACAGGUCGGGUCCGCUGUCCGGGCUGAGGCCAUGAGGAGGAGGUAGAAGGGGGCGAGGAUGCUGUUCCGCAACCGCUUCCUGCUGCUGCUGGCGCUGGCCGCCCUGCUCGCCUUCCUGAGCCUCAGCCUGCAGUUCUUUCACUUGAUCCCCGUGUCCCCGGCUAAGAAUGGCGGCAACGGCAAGAGUCGCAAGAGGAUCCUGGCCCACCCCGCGACCGAGCCCCCCGCGGCGGACCCCGUGUACGAGGCCCUGCUCUACUGCAACAUCCCCAGCGUGGCCGAGCACAGCAUGGAAGGUCACGCCCCCCACCAUUUCAAGCUGGUCUCGGUGCACGCGUUCAUCCGCCACGGGGACCGCUACCCCCUCUACCCCAUCCCCAAAACCAAGCGGCCCGACAUCGACUGCACCCUGGUGGCCAACAGGAAACCCUAUCACCCCAAGCUGGAAGCGUUCGUCAGCCACAUGUCCAAGGGAUCUGGAGCCUCUUUCGAAAGCCCCUUAAACUCCCUGCCUCUGUACCCUAACCAUCCUCUGUGUGAGCUGGGGGAGCUCACGCAGACAGGAGUCGUGCAGCACCUGCGGAACGGCCAGCUGCUGCGGGACGUCUACCUGAAGAAGCACCAGCUCCUGCCCGACGACUGGUCGGCCGCCCAGCUCUACCUGGAGACCACGGGCAAGAGCCGCACCCUGCAGAGCGCGCUGGCCCUGCUCUACGGCUUCCUCCCGGACUUCGACUGGACCAAGAUCCGCUUCCGCCACCAGCCCAGCACCCUGUUCUGCUCGGGGAGCUGCCACUGCCCGGCGAGGAACCAGUUCCUGGAGCGGGAGCAGCGCCGCCAGUACCUGCUGCGGCUGCGCAACGGCCUGCUGGACAGGACGUACGGCGAGAUGGCCCGCAUCGUGGACGUGCCCGCCAGGCAGCUGCGCGCCGCCAACCCCAUCGACGCCAUGCUCUGCCACUUCUGCCACAACGUCAGCUUCCCCUGCACCCCGAGCGGCUGCCUGGGCAUGGAGCACUUCAGGGUGAUCAAGGCCCACCAGCUGGAGGACGAGAGGGAGAGGCGGGAGAAGAAGCUCUACCUGGGCUACGCGCUGCUGGGCGCCCACCCCGUCCUCAACCACACCGUGGACCGCCUGCGGCGCGCGGCCCGCGGCGGCACGGGGGAGCUCUUCGCCCUCCACUCCGCCCACGACGUCACCCUGUCCCCGCUCCUCAGUGCCUUGGGCCUGGCCGAGGCCAGGUUCCCCAGGUUCGCCGCCAGGCUCAUCUUCGAGCUCUGGCGGGACCGGGAGCGGCCCGGCGAGCACUCGGUCCGCGUGCUCUACGACGGCGUGGACGUCACGUUCCUCACCUCCUUCUGCAGGGACCACCCCAGGCGCCCCCCCAGGCCCAUGUGCCCCCUGGAGAACCUGGUCCGCUUCGUCCAGAGGGACAUGUUCCUGGCCCUCGACGGCGGCAGUACCAGUUAUUUCGAGGCGUGCCACAGAGAAGGAGCGUGAAGGGGGUGCUCGGUGGCAGCACCGCGGGGCCGGGGCUCGCGGGCAAGGCAGGGAAGGGUCUGCUUGUCGUUCUGUUUUGGAAGGUUUCCAAGUCUUUAACGUUGUUGUUGUUGUUGUUCCCUAUGUGCCAGU